AUGUCUCGGUCAACAUCCUCGUCGGAAGCCUCAGUAGCGCGGCGCAGUAGCGGGCAUGACGGCAUACGGAACAACACAUAUGAACGCGUCCAAGAGAACGAAAACCGAAGCAUGAACCAGAGAUUUGAGAUGGAUGGGACAAGCUCACGCAGCAAGGAGAAUAGGCUCCUGAGUAAGAGAGGAAGACGCAGUGUCAGUCCAGACACAGUACCAUCAGUCGGGAGCGGCACGGAGCAACGGUCACCCAAGCUUGGGCAGGAGGAGGAUUUUAGUGAAGACGAGAUGCACAGGAGGAAUGACAGUACAGACCCACAACCUCCGAGAUAUUAUGGCGAGAAGGAUGUCAGCGAUGUCGAAGAAGACAGCGACGAUUCUUUGUAUGGCGAUGGAAGAUCUGGCCCUCGUCGGAGCAAAUCUAUUCAUUCAGAGGAUGCGGCUUCAAUGAACGGCUCGCUAGGGCCUGAAGACGAAUCAUUACAGUCGCAAAUUGGCGGGAGACGUCCGGACAGCCCACGGCAGCUCAAGACCGACAGUGCAGGCGGCGCGAAUGGCUUCUCAUCCCGUAUACAGGCGGACGACCUUUUCUCCUCGAGCGCAGCCAUUCCACAGCAACCUUCCAGCCCGGAAGGGCGGACAACUCCGAGAACAUCCCCACGAGUCGGCUCAGAGCGAAACAUCAAUGGCUACAGCGCACCUUGCGACGAAGCACGAGACGUUGUAACACCGAUGCAGUAUGCCAUGGACGCCGGAGGCGAGUCGUCCCCGCCACCUUCCUCUUCGCCACCGGCAUACGGUAGGACCACACCAACAAUGAACGGCCAUUACCGUCAGGGGUCGAUGAUGAAAGGCACUCCGCCUUCACGAGCUGCUUCUCGCAGAUCUCAACAUGUGACACCGUUGAGGGACAGAGUUCGGUAUAGCUGGCAGUCUGUCCCCGACGAAGAGCCAAACCGACCUCGUAUCCACAUCAUCAAGCUCAUCUCCAAUACCGCGACGGCUAGUGCCGGCUUCCCGCAAGGCGAGGCACUAGGGUUUUCAAUGUCUCCAGGCGGCCGUCGUCUGGCGGCGUACAACAGUGCUCGACUAUACAUCCUACAAACGGCUGCAUUACCUAUAGGCGUCAGCCAGGACUUUGCACUCAAACGUCGACCCUUGGCGGUGGAAAUUGUCGAUGAAGGCAAUGUCCUGGCGAUACUUGCAGACGAGCACACAGUCAAUAUAUACGAUCUUGGCCAUCAGCAAUUACGGAGGAUGAGAACCAUCAAGACCGACUUUCCGACGAGCUGCAUUGCCAUCUCGCCAACCGGCGGUUUGCUGGCAGCAGCUUACGAAGGCGGCGUGGAGAUCUUCAGUCUGGCUCAAGGGUCGCUACCUACAGACCGUAGAGCUGUACGUUGUCCAAAGAUGGAUAAACUGAGCUUCUCCGAGGAUAGCUCAACCCUGCUCGGCACUACUGUUCGCAUCAACGUGUCAUCCACAAUGGCUGUGUCGGUACCAGUGUUCCCGAGCUCGUCUGUUCCGACCCAUGAAGAGCUGAAAGAAGCCUGGUGCUCGGAGCUGUUACACCCAGAGAAUAUUCGCAACUCGAGCCAUGCCGUCUUCAUGCGGGAGAAUCGAGAGGUCUGCAACGACAGGCUGUUUUCAUGGAAUGGAUUGGAGGAUACAUUUGGCAUUCUCAACGUCAACGAUAUGCAGUACGGAGCGACCGAGUUUCCGGUUGUCAUCUCGCCUCCGCUGUCUACCUGUGGCGGUUUGGGAGCGGCAAUACACAGUGCGCCUGCUUUAGAUGAGCGCGGAGAUACAGUUGCUAUGAUUGUGAACGACCGGACGAUCAGGCUCUACAUCGUCCCACACAGGUCGCACAACGACGAUUCCACUGUCGAGGCCCAUAGUAUCGACCACGAACUGGAUGAAGGUUAUGGAUGCCCUUUCUCCGAGGUGAAGUGGGUGUACAGCUCGACCUCGUUACCUGCACCAACGAACAGUCAGAAUCCUGUCCAGGGUCGCCUCGUGGUUACGAGUCCCGGCGGCAUCAAUGAUCAGGGCCUCAACGAAGAGCCUGUUGAUGACAUCGAAGGCGGACGAAUCAUCUUGUUUGACUUUGACCCCCAAUUCGCCGGUCAAGCAGGUCAGACGUUCAGCUUGACGAUGGGUAAGAGUCAGCCUCAGCUUCUCGAAGAGCCGCCGCUUGAUGUUGCGGAAGAAGUGGCGCUCGUGCGACGGAGGACGGUCAACCAGAACAGAGGAGGCGGCCUGAGCACACGGCCAGUCACCCUGGGCCGAACUGCUUCGACCUUCAGCAGGCGCAAUGACCGAUCCUCGAGGUCCGGCACACCAAAUACAAGACCCAUCAGGGCCAGCAUGCUUUCAAUGCAGAGCGAAGCGUCGCGGUCUCUACCUGAUCUGAUGGAGUCGGGCGAGGCGCUUGAUACAUUCGAGGAGCCCUAUGCCCAGGGAGCGCCGAGGUCUCAUGCUUCGUUACAACGAGCUGCGAGCAAUGCACAGCGACAUCGUUUCCAGACAUUGGAGGAAAGGAACCAGGAACUCAUCAGCGUCGACGCUUCAGGAGGCUUCUUAGCUCUACCGGAAUACACCGAAGAGCCCAACGCACCUCUCCCGAGCCGGUUCCGAGCAUUGGCAGGUCUCGAUACUCCAGCCACAGCACCGGCGACUAAAGCAGCAGUGGUAACGAAUACUGAUGGCGACAGGCAGAGUCCGGUACCGAGCACGCCCUCUACGGCGCCAGCUGCUACUGCGGACACCUUCAGUGCAGACCAGGCGUUCCACGCUGCUACUGUGCAGACGGAGAAUGAUAGCGCAAGCGUUGCGCGGGACGAUCCAGCUACACCACCAGCUCCUGAUGAGCGCUUCAGCCCAGUCUCGAGAGCCGCAACGUUCGACUCGCUGAUCCGAUCAGCGACUGCGGACUCACUAAACUCUAUGCCACGAUCCUUGCGGCGAGCGUACGGCAAUGCGCCGCCAGGCGGUGGUCCUCUGCCAAACGUAACCGGUGAGUGGGAGAUACCUAACACCGGCACUGGCACGAAUGCAGGCCGAUCGUUCCCACCGCCACCAAGAGCCUCUACCUCAAGAUCCUGCAUGACAUCUCCACCAGUGGAUGCAGUACCGGAAGAAGAUAUGUGGGAUCCUCCAUCUCCCACCCGUCUCCCUCAUUCAUCCUCAUCAGGCAGGCCCGCCCAAUCAUCAACACCCUACCGCUACUCCACCUCCCUCCUCGACCCACCCGGCCACGCUAGUCUACCUAACCUCGCUUCCCCUACUGUCUCUGACUUCGAUGCUUCUAGCCCUAGCCCCACUAGCACCACCUCAUCCCGCACCCGCCGCCUCCCACCACACAUGCUCGCCUUCCGCACCGCCGCCCAAACGAACGCCUCUGCUUCCCUCUUCCCGCCCAACCAACGCUCCGACCACGUGCCGGUCCGCGAGCGCUCGAUCAACACCGGCAGUGUCCCGCACCCCGUCACAGCCUGGCAUCCUCCUGCCGCGUCUCUCGCUUCUCCACCCGCGACAGGCAGCUUCCCGGCACAUUCGCGGAAGAGCUCGGUCUCGAAUCGAAGUGCGUUCGCCAGUACAGCCAAGGCAAAGAAAUUGGGUUUCUUCCGCACGGGAACAAAGAAGAGGAAAAAUGAUCGAAUGCUGGGGCCCGAAUUUUUGCCGCAGCGUGGAGGAAGAAAUGGGAAUGAUAGUAUGGCGGAGACGAAGAGUAUGUUUACUACGUUUACGAAGAAUGAUGGGAGGUGUGUGGUUAUGUAG